CGACCGUGCAGCCGUUUCACGAAGAAGUUGGUGUCACCGUGACCAAACUGUUGAUGCAAAACGGUUUGUUUUCGACGAGCACGAAGAUAUUUUCGUGCAGUCGCUUUGCUUGAGUUUUGCGGUGUUACGGUGUCAAGCCUGCUGUUUUUGUAACGUGUUACAUCAGUUAGCAGGCUAACCAACAGAUAGCGUGCUAGCUUGUGUUUUUACUAACUUCACGUUAGCCGACAGCGCAGUGACAGCUAACACUAGGUUGACGGAAGUGCGUAUGUGUGUAAUUAUUUACUUUCACGUCUUUUAAAUGCUCUGCAGAUAAGGGUAUGACGUGAAUUGCGUGCAUUAGUUGUUACAGAUCCGUAACGUUAACGUUACACUUGAUAUUUCCAACCGUAACCACCCUUAGUUAGCCGCUAGCUAACAGUUGUAGCGCAAAUUUAUAUGAACUAUGUGAAUGAAUACUCAUAAUUCAGUUAAUAGCAGACAGACAAAAGGGAUGAAGCCUGAACACCGACACCCUGCCAUGGCUGAGGAUGGAAAGCUGAGUCCAAUGGGAGGACGCGCCUGCUCAUCAGGCCGCCCGGGCCGACAGACCUACAAAAGUUCAGCCCAUUUCCGCAGCCUGCUGGACGGCCUGCUGGCGCUCAGACAGAGUGGCAUCCUGUUUGAUGUGGUGCUGAUGGUGGAGGGUCGACCCAUCCAAGCCCACCGUAUACUUCUGGCAGCCUCUUGUGAUUAUUUUAGGGGAAUGUUUGCUGGAGGCCUUCGAGAGACACAGCAGAAGGAGAUCCCAAUUCAUGGAGUAUCUCACUUGGCUAUGAAAAAAAUACUCGACUAUAUCUACACGUCAGAGAUCGAGUUAGACCUGGAGUGCGUGCAGGAAGUCCUGAUAGCUGCCACGCUAGUACAGCUUGAGAUUGUCAUCGGCUUUUGCUGCGAUUUCCUUUUCUCCUGGCUGGAUGAGAGCAACAUUUUAGAGGUCCAUGAUCUGGCUGAUCUGUACGGACUGCAACAACUUAACGCCAGGGUCCACUCCUACAUCCUCAGGAACAUCCAGACUUUGUCUCGCAGCGAUGUGUACCGGCAACUUCCCCAAGAUCAAGUCUUCAGUGCGCUGAGCAGUGACGAGCUUCAGGUGAACAGCGAAAACGAAGUGUACGAGGCGGCGCUUCACUACCACUACAGUCCUGUGCAGGUGGAAACUGACCAGGUCUACUUGCAGGUCAGUCCCAAGGACAACCUCAAGAUGCUGGAUGCUGUGCGUUUCUGCCUGAUUGAGAAACAAGUGUUGCAGAGGCUGCACGGCAGACUGAACCAGUGUCCACUAAAGGAUUCUGUGUCAGCCGCCCUAAAGUACCAUGAGCAGGAGAUCUGGCAACCCGUCCUGCAGACUCCUCUCACCCAGCCACGGUCUACCUUCCGUUGUAUACUGGGCUUUGGGGGGAUGUUCACCUCCAGCUCCCUCACAGACAGCGAGCAUUUGUUUCAAGUGUUCCACCCAAGCUGGAGGGAGUGGAGGACUCUCACUGCGGCUCACGCUCCCCGGAUGUCCAACCAGGGCAUCGCUGUGCUCAACAACUUUGUUUACCUAAUCGGAGGAGACAAGAACACCAGUGGAUUUCGUGCAGAGACCCGCUGCUGGAGAUAUGACCCUCGUCACAACAGCUGGUGCAACAUCCAGCCUUUGCAGCAACAGCAUGCUGACCACUGUGUUUGUGUGAUGGGCGGCCAUAUUUAUGCCAUCGGGGGACGGGACUACAGCAAUGAACUGGACACAGUGGAGCGCUACGACCCGCACACCAACACCUGGGAAUUUCUAUCACCCCUGAAGAGAGAGGUGUACGCCCAUGCCGGAGCAGUGCUGGAUGGGAAAAUAUAUAUAACGUGCGGGCGCAGAGGAAUGGCGUACCUCAAAGAAACCUACAGUUUUGACCCUGUGGCCAAUCAUUGGUCAGCAUGUGCAGAGGGGCCGGUGGAGCGGGCUUGGCACGGCAUGACUGCUGUAAAUGGACGUGUUUAUGUUAUUGGUGGAAGCAAUGACGAGCGUGGAUAUCGGCGUGAUGUCCUGAAGGUGGCGUGCUUUCACCCGGAAGCCAACUCUUGGUCUUUACUGACCCCCCUCCCCGCGGGACAUGGAGAACCCGGCAUAGCCGUGCUGGACAGUCGCAUCUACGUCCUGGGAGGACGCUCUCAUGACAAAGGCAACAGGAUGAAAUACGUCCACGUGUACGACACCGACACAGACGAGUGGGAGAAUGAGACGGAAUUUAGGGAGCGUGUCUCCGGCCUGGCAGCCUGCGUGGUGCUCAUAUCCCCUGCUGUGAUCGCCGAGGCCAGGAGCUGGGAGCAGCGCACCAAGGCUUCAUGGGAAGAAGUGGACAUUGACAACUCAGAGGACUCUAGUGAGGACUGAAGCAGCUGCUGAACUGACCGUCUGAGCACUGGAGACUGUCACGCACUUUUCUUACACAGCAUGUUGGAGGACUUUUUUUUGUGGCAGUGGUUGUGAGCAUCGUGCACUUCUUGCACGCUGACCACUUUGAGUGCCUCUGAACCAAAGUGUCAUUCAGGUUCAGGACCUUUGCAGACUUUUUGGGUACUUUUCAAAUAUCUCUUAAGAUAAUUACACUCUGCCCAUGACUCCCUGCUAAAAUGUUGGUGUUUUUGACAGUGAUCCCUCAUGAUUGCCUCUCAUUAUAGCUGCCUCUGCAUCAUUUAUCAUUGGGACAGGGUUAGUUAGGUCAUGGAAAACCUGGAAAAUUCAUGGCAUUUUAACAAUCACAUUUUCCAGGCCUG